AUGGCAUCACCUCGACUUAGUUUUAGACAUAGUUUAACAUCACCAUUUUCUAAUACUGUUAUUGACAUUCCAUUAGUACUAUUUGUUUCUAGUAAAGAUGAAAUGAAUGAAGUAAUGAAAAAAUUACCACCAUCAUCAAUGUUGUUUUGGGUACCUCAUCCAACAUUAAAUGAACCAUCAAAAGGAAUUAUUAUGACCAUUAAAUAUUAUCAAGUUGUAUUACACUAUUCAUUUCUAAAUGAGUUUGUUACAACAAAUGUCUACAAAAUGAAAACUCAAAAAAAAGAAAUGGAAUUAGUCAUUACUAGUGAAGUUAAAAACACAACAAUUAAUAAUAUUAAAACACAGUUCACCCAAUUCGUUUUGUAUCAACAACUCAUUCAAUUUCUUUUAAAAACUAAAUAUUUUAAUGAUUCUUCUUCUUCUCCUCAACAAAAAAUCAUUUUCCCUGAUUUAAAAACACCUCGAUUACUUUGUAAUAAUAUUAAUGGAUUAAAGGUAAUUGAAUUAGAUCAAGAAAAUGGUGUUUUAACAUUUAUAAAUGAAAAUUCAGAAAUUGUUAAUCGUUUUGAUACUAUUGAAGAAUCAACUUGUGAAUUAAAAAAGUACUUAGUUACUACACAACAUAUUAAUCAAAUACAAUAUAAUAAUAAAACUGAACAAUUAUUAGAAGAAAUUAAUCAACUAUGUUAUUCUGAACAAUUUGAUCAUAAUAAAAUAUUUGAUUCAAUAUCUUCUUACUUUAAAUUUGUAUGUAAAUUAAAUGAUAUAAGAGUAGAAGAGGCAUUAGAAACAUUAAUUAUUAGACUAUUUUCUUGUUCUCCAAAUGAUAAAAUUAAAGUAUGCAAAUUACUUUUUGAUCAUAUUCGAUGUCAUCCAUUAUGUUCUUGGGUCUAUAUGUUAUUAGGUCAUUUGAUAAAUAAUUAUAAAGAUGACGUUCAAUCACUAUUAGCAAAAGAAAAGAUUACAUCAUCUCUCUCUCAAAAACUUCAUCAAAUCCAUGAAUCUCUCUUUGGAGGAUAUCUUUUUGAUGAACAAGCUCUCCCUUCAAUUAAAACGAUUGUCUUAAAUACUUCUGAUCCAAAAAAUUCUUCUCCUGAUAAGUCAUGCUCAUUAACACAAAAUAAACGAAAAUCUAUCUUCUUCUCAAAUUCAAUGUUUCAAGAAGAUGACACUUUCUUAAGAAGACAAAGCAGAAGUUUUCAACGUGCUAUCACUCCAAAACAUUUUGGUAAACCUUUUAAAGGAGGGUUUCCACAACAACCAACAGAAGAAUUGUCAGGAUCAAAAAACGAAAUAAGAACAGAGGCUAAACGAUUAGCACAAGCAUUUUUUAAUGAAAGUCUUCCUUAUAUUCUUAAAGUAGAUCAAACAGGAGUUACACUACAAAAACAAAAAAUAAUAGUUAAAGAUAAUGAAGAUGAAGAAAUAUAUAAAGAAGAAUUAAAAGAACUAAAAGAAUUAAUGAAGAUUAUUGGAAUGAGUAUUGUUGUAGAAAGGAAUAGAGAUUUAAUGAAACAAAUUUGUCAUCUUCUAGUCACUAGUGUAUCAUUAAAAUUUAAACGAACAUUUUCUACAGUUGUUAUUAAUCUUGAAGAAUAUUUUAAACAUGUAUUUAUUUCAAGUCAAGAAAAUAUUAUUGUUAGUAUAUUAAUAUCAUGGGAAAAUGUUAUACAAGAAUCUAAAUCACUUAGAGCAUAUUUUUUUUGUAUUUUAUUAAAAAUCUUUAGAGUUUACAUGAAAAUAGCUAGAUAUCAAACAAUUGGAUUAGGAUUAUCAGAAAGAGUUUUAAUGCCGAUUUCUUUAUGUCUUCAACGUCCACAAACAGAAUGUUAUUUAGAUUCUCAGUAUGACCUUUUAAUAGAAGUUGGUCGUUGUUUUAAGAUUUUUAAUAAUAAAUGUUUAAAUGAAACACACUCAGUUCAUGCAAUUCAACUAAUGUAUUCACCUCAUAAUAUUGGUUUAUUAGCUAUAACGUGUAUUAAAAGAUAUCUUAUAGAUUGGGAUAAAGAAACAUCAAAUUAUCAAGAAAAUGUUAACAAAUUACUUGGAAAGAAACGAGAAUAUACCAUUCUUUAUUUCCAAGUUCUUGUUCGUUUAUUACAAGUCUUUGACCAAAAAUCUCUUCCAAAUAAUCAAAAUUAUACAUCAGUUCAAGAAAAUUUAGAAAAUCUAGUAGUCCCACCAAAUGGAUUUCUUUUUAGAUUUUUAAGAGAUGAAACUGUUUUAUUUGGAGUUGAUGCUAAAGUUACUGCACUCUCUUUUUUUACAUAUUUCUUUAGUGUAAAUUCACCAAUUAUCAGAAGAAAGUCUGUUGUUAAUGAAUAUAUUCGAUUUGCAUUUAAAUUAUUUAUUAAAAUAUAUUACAAAGACACUUGGACUGACGAUGAUAUUAGAGUAUUAAUUGGUGCUUUGAAAAUGUUAAAUGGACUUGCAGCACAUAAAACUGAGUUUAGUAGACAAACCUUUUUUAGAUUAGGUUUAUUCUCAUUAUUAUUACACGAAGUUAUGUUAGAGUUUAAUAUGAGUUGGAACAAUUCUCAUGAAGAAGAAACUGGGAUUUUUGACGCUUUUAAACAACAACCAAAAAAACAAUUAGAACAAACAAAAACACAAACAAAACGUAUUGCUGGAAGAAAGAAUAUGAAAGUUAAUAUUCCUAGACUUUGUGUAAAUGCUAGUCCAACUAAACCACUUUCUCCUCGUAAAUUUGAAACAAAGCCUGAAAGUGAUAUUAAAAAGGAUGGAAUCACUCAAUUAUCACCUCGAAUUAUAUUGGAAACUACUAAAAAACAAACACAUACUUCCUUUUCUGAAUUUAAAUCACCAGAGACAAGUGAAACUCCUGGGAAAGGAAGUGUUGAAACACCACGUUCUUCCCCCCAAAUGGAAAAACGAGUUGAUGAUUCAAUAAAAACACCAAAAACUUAUUUAAAACGUAAAGUUGGAACUAUUUCAAUGUCUGAACUUGGUUCAAACUCAAGUUCUCCAGAUAUUCAUAAAGGAAAUAUGGGUAUUGAUUUUAAUAAAGACAACUCAAGCGAUACUCCUCUUUCUAGUAGUCCAUUAAAAAAGCAUGUUUAUGGAAGUAAAACUCCUAUGAGACUUUCUUUCCUAAAAACUAAUCCAAUUCAAGUCAACCAAUUAUCGCCAUCUCCUAUGGGGUCUAGUGCGUCUAGUCUUAGAAAUUCAUUAGAAGUUGGAACUGAAUUAAGUUUAGGAAGAUUAGAGAAUGAAGUUCAUGAAGACUCAACUGAAUCAAAAAAACCACGAAAAGAGAAUAUGAGGUUUUGUGUUAAUACAUCAGACAAACGUCAAGAAAAUGACAGAAAUGAAAUAACAAAAGUUCCAACAACACAUAUCGCUUCUGUUUCACCACUGAUACCCUGUGUUACUGAAGAUAAAAUAUUAAGGGAAGAGUCUAAGAAGAGAGAUUCAAUUAAUCCAACAUCCAGUAAUACAAAGAUAGUUGAAACAACAAAUGAAGAACCUCAAUCAAGUGCUUCAAGUGAUAAACCAAAGGAUACAAAAGUUAAAGAAGAAACAAAAAAAGAAGUUACACCUCCUGCUCGAAAAAAGAGACCACCACCACUUAAAAUGGUUCCAGCUAUUAGAAAAUCUAUUGAUAACUCAGGAGCUGGAACAUCAUCAGUAUCAGGAAGUACAACUAAUAGUUCUAAUGGAUUAUUGACACAAGUAGAACAGAAAUUUAAGGAAACAGGGAAGUUACAUCUUAUUCUUGAUAAGAUGAUGUUUGAAAAAACAAAUACAGAAGUAGUAAAAGUUGAUGAACAUUCGUAUGAAAAUAUGAGAAAAACAAGAAGAAUUUAUGUUAAUAGUGAUGUACAUAAAGAGAUAUUAAUGUUAUUGUUUAAUUUAAUAGUGAUGGAGAAUGGAGUAUUAGAUCCAUUAUAUACUGACCAAUUUCCUGAUUUAAAAGGUAUGAAAGAUGCAUUAUUUAUUUUGUCAUGUCAUUUAGAUCGUAGUUCAAAUAGAGAAAUAGCAAAACAAUUGUUCUGUCAAGAAUCAUUAAAUCCAGGAAUUCAAGAGUUAUUGAGGUUAUUAUCACAACAAUUUUUUGAUAUGUCAAAGUACUCUAUUAUUAAAGUAAUUGGAGAGGGAGCAUAUGGAGUAUGGUCAUGGAGAAGAAACUUACAACCAUCAACAUCAAAUACAAGAAUUCAUUUACUAUUAAAUAUUUACAAAGAAGUAUUACGAGUUUGUCAAGUUUUAAAUCAAAGAAUUAUUCAUUUUGAUAUUAAAUGUGAAAAUUUCUUAAUUGAACCAUUACCUGGAGUAUCAUUAGAAACAGUUAAUAAUCCACAAACAGAAAUUCCACCAUUUAAAUUAUGUCUUGCUGAUUUUGGAGAGGCAUGUGUUUAUCGUAAUGAUAAAGAAGCAAAUACAACUAGACAUCGUGGAACAGAAUCAAUUAAACCACCAGAAAUGUUAAAAAUGGACUUAGCAGGAGGAAUGCCUGUAAAUGCAUCAUGUGAUAUCUGGGCAUUAGGUUGUUUGUUAUAUGAGUUAUAUACAUCAAAAAUGCUUUUUGCAAUUGCUGAUGUUGGAGAAUUUUAUUUUAGAGUAUUAAAGAGUGAAGAAUUAUUAACUGAAGAAAAUAAAGAAUUACUUGGAAAUAAUGAGUAUUUAAUUGGAUUUCUUGAAUUUGUAUUAAAUAGAGAUCCAACAAAACGACCUCAAAUAUCUGCAUUAGCACAAAGAUUUGAUGAAGUAAUUGAAAAAAUUAAAAAAGAUAAUAAAAAAGAUUUACUUAAAGCAAAAAAAUGGGAAAAGAAUAGAAAGAUGUUAGAAAGAAAACAAUACGAACAAAUUGAAGAAGAAAAUAUUCAAUUAAAGAAAGAUAUUGAUAUUAAAAGAGGAAUAGAAGUUGUUAAUUUUGAAGAAUCUAAACAAGUAUUCAAAUAUUUUAAUAAUAUUUUAUUUGGUGGAGAAAUGAAUGAUGAAGAAGUAUAUAAAAGAGGAAUUAAAUAUGUUAUGCAUUUUGGAGAAGAAUUACCAACAUCACUUUCACUUACUGCUAUGAACUAUCCUAUUCCAAAAACAGUUGAAGAAAUGAUUAAAUUAUUUUCACGAAUUAUUGAAGUAUUAAGGGAAUUUGUUGUAUCAAAAAGGGCUGUUUAUAUUUGUGGAGAUAAAGGAUAUAUGCCAGCUGCUUUGUUACUUGGAUUUACAAUGCAAAAACAUUACUUAUCUGAAUAUGAAUCUUAUCUUUACAUUCAAAAAGUAUGUCCAUAUGUUAGACUUCAUGAAUCAGUUUUAAGUGGAUUAAAAUAUUUUGAAAAGAAUCCAAUUCCAUCAAUUUUCAGUGGCAAUGAUAAAUUAAGACAUUUCCAUUGUUUAUGUGGAAUUGUUGAUAUAGUUUUAACUCAACCUAUUGAUGAAGAAUUAGUUAGAAAUUGUAGAUGUGAAGCAGAUGGUAAAGAAUCUUGUCCUAAUCGUCACAAUGGUUGUAGAAUCUUUUUAGAAACAAUGAAAGAAAAAUCAUCAUAUGAUGCAAUAUUUAUGAAAUGGGUUGGAGUAAAACAAAAGAAUGUUGUGGGAAUGAAGAAUCUUUUGAAUGUUGUGAAUGUAUUACCAUCUUCUGGUAAAAGUGCAAAGAUAUAUUCUUGUAAGAGUUGUGGAUUCAUUAUGUUUGCCAUUCCUAAGAAAGGAUUAGAAAAGAAGUUUUCAACAAAUGGUAAAGGUUAUGAUUUAUUUAUAGUGGCUAAUAAUGCUGGAAUAGAACUGUUCUAA